AUGCUCUCCAAUCUCGCAGCGUCUGCGCCCGCAUCAAUAUUGCAGAGCAAUGUCCACAGUACGACCAUGCACUCUCCCAAAAUCUACACAUCUCCCUACCCGGCCCCGGUAGUCCCACCGAACUUGUCUGUUUCGCAACUGCUGCAGUUGUAUAACCCGGACGAUGUCGAGGGCGACAAGGUGAUUUGUGAAGACGAUUGGACGGGGAAGAGAAUUACCUACGCUGGGAUUAGAGUGGAUAGCGCAAGGGGGGCGUAUGCGUUGCGGAACUAUGUCGGCGUAAAUGAGGGAGACGUGGUCUGCAUAUGUGCUCCAAACUCGGUCGACGUUGUCAAGCUGAUACAUGCGGUCUUGUGGUGCGGAGGAAUUGCUGUAUUGAUCAACCCUCUGAGCACAGAGUAUGAAGUCGCACAUUGUCUGGAGGUAUCGCAGCCCAAAGUUCUGGCCGCAGACUCAGAUACAUGGCCGACUCUGUACGGUGCUGCGAAGAGGCAGGACUUGACUAGGUUACCUACCAUUUCAUUGCAUGGCGCCCAAUCCCCGUUUGAUGAGAGUUGCUCUGCGGAUAGUCUCUUCGAUCAGAAAGCUUCACUCCCAGCCUUUGACUUGUCGCAAAGAGACGGUCGGGAGCACACUGCGGUUGUGUGCUUCAGUUCGGGCACGAGCGGCAAAGCAAAAGGCGUCGAGCUAUCACAUUACAAUCUUAUAGCCUCAAUGCUCGGUGUUCGCGCGACUGAGCCUAACUACUGGUCUGCCAGUAUUCGCGGAGUGUUUUUUGCACCCCUAUGUCACAUCUACGGUCUCGUCACCGUAGCCCUCAUGGGCACCUGGGUAGGCUUAUACACCAUGCUACAGAAAAAGUACACAUUGCCAUCAUACCUUGAGCUCUCCGCCCGAAUCAAAGCCACCGCUCUCCGCAUACUCCCCACCAUUGCUGUCCAGAUCUCCAAGCAAACCUCCUUUGACCUCUCGCGCCUCCACAGCGUUAAAUACAUCAUGUGCACUGGCGCCGUGCUGCCCACGCCCACCAUACAGCACUUCCGGAGACACCUUCCCAACGCCCCAGUCUUCCAGGGCUAUGGCAUGACGGAAACGAACAUCACCAUGCUGAAGCCCGAGUCUGCGCAUCGCGUGGGUUCGGUGGGGAAACUGUGUGCAGGGAUCGAAGCGCGCAUUGUCGACGAUGAGGGGAGGGAUGUGGAAGACGGCGCACAGGGCGAAAUGCUCGUCCGGGGCCCGAGUGUAUUCAGACGCUAUAUGCGCAAUGUAGGGGCUACGAGGGAGACGUUUGAUGGCGCGUGGAUGCGGACGGGGGAUGUGGUAAGGGUGGAUAAGGAGGGAUACUGGUGGCUUACGGAGCGGAAAAAGGAGCUUAUCAAGUAUAAAGGGAACCAGGUCCCACCGGCGGAGCUCGAGGCACACCUCAACUCGCACCCGUGUGUGAGCGAGGGCGCAGUUUGUGCGCUGUGGGACGAUGCCCAGGGGACGGAGGUGCCUAUUGCGUAUGUCGCACUGACUGCGGAGGCGAAGGCUUCGAAGCAGGAUAGGGAUGCGAUGGUGGAGGACAUACGGCAGCAUGUUGAUUCGAGAGUUGCGGCGUAUAAGAAACUUCGGGGAGGGGUUGUAGUACUGGACGAGAUCCCCAAGUCUGGGAAUGGAAAAGUGCUUCGUCGGAUGCUGCCGGCUCGGCUUGCACGAGAAAGAAAGGGCAGGCUAUAGCAUCAAAGAAUGAC